UUAGCUAGGGCGGGGGGUGCUAGGAGUUGCAUGCCUGUGUAUGUGUGCGUGUGUGUAUGUGUGUGUGUGUAGCAUUUCGGUUUGGAGAUGCAGAAAGAAAGGGCCGUUUCGAGGAAGUGACGGACGAGGCUCAGGGGACUGGUCAAAGGAAGUUUGCUUGAUGGUGGUACCGUGCUGCUGAACGAAACUUUUCCCCCUUGAGCAGCAGCAGCGGCACCGUGGAUCGGGACGGACGGAUCCAGCGGCGGAGGGAGCUUUUGUUUCCUCGCAGCACGAGUAGCACUGAGGAAUAACUUGAGAUCAGGGGGAAAACGGGGAUCGCAGAAGAAUUUUACUCCCGCAACCAAGCCCCCCUUUUUAUUCUCUUCCCCGCGCCUCCUCUGAUUUUUUCUGGGAUCCGCGAUGGGGAAGGAGCAGGAACUUCUGGAAGCGGCGCGCACGGGAAACCUGGCCGCCGUGGAAAAGCUUUUAUCCGGGAAGCGACAGACCGCUGGCGCUAGCAGCGGUUCGUCUGGGACCGGGGGAAGCGGCACCAGUGGCGGACACGGCGCCUCCUCUCAUACCCUCUCCAGUCUGCUCAGUAUCUGGAGAGGCCCCAAUGUGAAUUGUGUGGACAGCACUGGAUACUCCCCUCUCCACCACGCCGCCCUAAACGGACACAGCGAGGUGGUGGAGACGCUGCUACGAAACGAGGCCUUGACCAACAUCGCCGACAAUAAAGGCUGCUACCCCCUCCACCUGGCUGCGUGGAAAGGAGAUGAACAUAUCGUCAAACUGCUCAUUCACCAAGGACCUUCACACCCCAAACUCAACGAGCAGAGCUCUGUAGACCAUAAAGAGUUCAAACGCUGUGGGCCCUUUGACCCAUAUAUUAAUGCCAAGAACAAUGACAACGAGACGCCGCUGCACUGUGCUGCCCAGUACGGACACUCCCGGGUGGUGCGGAUGCUGCUGGAGGAGCUGACGGACCCCACCAUGAGGAACAACAAGUUCGAGACCCCGCUGGACCUGGCUGCACUGUACGGCCGUCUGGAGGUGGUGAAGCUGCUGCUCACUGCUCACCCUAACCUGCUCAGCUGUAACACCAAGAAACACACGCCGCUGCACCUGGCCUCUCGGAACGGACACCUGUCUGUGGUGGAGGUGCUGCUGGACGCCGGCAUGGACAUCAACUAUGAGACGGAGAAAGGCAGUGCCCUGCACGAAGCUGCCUUGUUUGGGAAGACAGAUGUGGUACAAAGACUUCUCAGUGCAGGUAUCGAUGUGAACAUCACCGACCAGAAGGGCCUGACAGCGCUGGACACUGUCAAGGACAUGCCCUCCCAGAAGAGCAGACAGAUAGCUGCUCUCAUCCUAGGUCACAUGACUGGAAAACCCCCUGACAUUGACCUCCCCCCGCCACCAAUCCCUCCGCCUCAGGAGAGUCCCAGCCCCCGUAAAAAGAGUGAUAUGGACAAGGUGAGUGAGUUGAUCUCUGGCCUGGCCCCGGGGCCCGAGGAGGAGAGCCCCUAUGAGGCUCUGUUUGAAGCCACCUCCUGUCACUCUCUGGAUAGCCUCACCAGCGGCAAGUCUUCUGACCGGGACUCUGGGCGGCCGGACAGUGAAGCUGGCAAGAAAGAUCGCUUGUGCCACUCGUUACAUCCCGGCCCGGGUCAUGAAGAAGAGGCGCUGUAUACUAAUAGCAGUAUUGAUGAGCGAGGCGAGCCGGUAGAGGAGGAGGAUCACACAUAUGAGUUGCUGCUGACUGCACAGACCAAACACGCAUCGCCCAGCCAGGAGUCCCAUUCCAAUAAAGAUGAGAACACCAGUACACAGUCUUCCAACAGUGUCCUACCUCAGCGUAAACCCUCUGCCGCAAACGACCUCAGAGCCCACAGCAAGACGAAAGACACCCUGCACCCUCCCGGACGGUCGAGCCCACGGACACCCGGAGAUAACUCCCAGCUCAGCCAGGAUCAGGAGGCAGGUGUCCCAGAGCAGUUCACUGGCCUCCUGCACGGAUCCUCCCCUGUAUUCGACAGCCGCGAGGAGCCCUUCCGACUUCCAGGUGUCGUGCCAUCCAACCAGAGCCAGCCAGAAUCAAAGAAAUCUGCCAAAGUAAAGGGGGUAGUAGCCGCGGCUUCUCAGUCACCUAGCCGUCCCAGGAUGGCCGCAAUCCUGACAGACUGUGAUCCCAAAGCAAUUUAUGCAACUGUGAAUAAGGAGCCCAGAGACUUGGGGGCUGGGGCGAUGUCUUCUGUUAGGAUGCGCCCCCCUGGGGACCUGAAGCUGGCACGCAGCCUCUCCAAGUCUGACUCGGACCUGCUCGUGUCGCCCCCUAGUGAGGAGGACGGAGGAUUGGGAAACCGCAGCGAGUCGGUUUCUAAUUGUAGCACUGGCAAAAAGAGGCUCGAGAAAUCUCCCUCUUUCACCUCAGAAUGGGACGAGCAGAAACCUUCGACUUCCUCCACCGACAAACACCGAAGAUCUAAUUCCUUUGACAGCAUCGAGAAGAUCAUGACACUGAUUGGUGCUGGCAUCGAUUUUUCCAGGGAUCAGCAAUAUGCUACACCAGGGGUACUUUUAGCCAUCUUGGGUGACUGUGGUUCGGCCCCCGCUGCCCUGCGGGAGCUGACGCCCUGUCCACAGAGGACACUGUCUCCCCCGCCUGCUUCCUGUUGCGGAUGCGCUCGGCUCUGCUGGCCGAGAAUGAUGUGGCAAUGCCACGUCUCGUCCUCAGAGUGCCGCUGCUACCGGCUGAAAGGUUUCUCCCUCCUGAAGCGCUUUCCCCUGUCAGCAGGUGCUGCGGGCCGGCUGCUGGACCAGCCUGUGGGCGACUGGCUGGAGCAUGUGGGGCUGCCGCAGUACGAGAGCAAACUCCUCCUCAAUGGUUUCGAUGACCUGCACUACAUGGGGAGCAAUGUGAUGGAGGACCAGGACUUGAGAGAGAUUGGGAUCACAGACCCGAGCCACAGGAAGAAGAUCCUGCAUGCGGCACGUUCAUUACCUAAGGUGAAAGCUCUGGGCUGUGACGGCAGCGGCUCCAUCUCCACCUGGCUGGAGAACUUGGGUCUGCACGAGUACUUGCACAACUUCCUGACCAGCGGCUACCGCACUCUGGACUGUGUCAAAAACCUGUGGGAGCUGGAGAUUGUCAAUGUGCUAAAGAUCUCCCUGCUUGGUCACAGAAAACGCAUCAUUGCUUCGUUAGCGGAGAGGCCGUACGAGGAACCUCCAGUCAAGCCUCCCCGUUUGUCUCAGAUCAGGUGCCAAGACCUGCCUGGAUCCCAGUCCUCAUCCCCCCUCAGUCAGAUGGACCCCUACACAGGACGCUCAAUGGACCCUCUGCUGCCAGUAGGAGAGCCUGGGAGGAAAAAAGUGCCAGAAAGUGACUAUGACGCCCAAAGAUAUCAGAGUGAACGUCACCGAUCACAUGAUCGGUAUGAUGAGAGGCUUCGAGAGCCCCGUCUGACCCUGCGACCGCCAAGCCUGGCAACACCAUACGCCCCGGUGCAGAACUGGCACCAUCAACCUGAGAAACUCAUCUUUGAGUCCUGCGCCUACGAAGCCAGUUACCUCGGUUCCAUGCUUAUUAAGGAGCUACGGGGAACAGAGUCCACGCAGGAUGCCUGUGCCAAAAUGCGGAGGUCAACCGAACAAAUGAGGAAAGUCCCCACAAUCGUCCUGUCCAUCACCUAUAAGGGUGUGAAGUUUAUUGAUGCAGCCAAUAAGAACAUCAUCGCAGAGCAUGAGAUCCGGAAUAUUUCGUGUGCAGCCCAGGACCCUGAGGACUUGUGCACGUUUGCCUACAUCACCAAGGACCUGCAGACCAACCACCACUACUGCCAUGUGUUCAGCACAGUAGACGUGAAUCUGACCUAUGAGAUCAUACUGACGCUGGGCCAGGCCUUCGAGGUUGCCUAUCAGCUGGCUCUGCAGGCCCAGAGGACCAAACAGCACCAGAGCUUCCCAGUGGGACCCGGCUCAGAGCUCAUCGAGACCAAGUCCAGCCGACCUGUACCAAAACCGCGAGGCGGCGUACGGAAGUCAGGGGGGGACAUCGCAGAGCAGGAGGGGGAUUCUCACUCCCAGGGCAGCGCCACGUGGCUCGUGGACCCCAAGGAAUCCAAGCGCACUAUCAGCACUAACUGAACACUGUGGAUGCUCCCAGCCAAUAAGAAAGGACAGGGAUGAGCCCUGUUGCAUUGUUGGUAGGAUGUUUUGUUGGAAAAGUGACCAACUUCCCAUGCGGGCAGAAUCACAUCACCACUUGGAUCGAGCACAGCACUGUAACACACGGGCCUGGAGACACACAGAUGUAAUCACUGCAGAUCACCUGACAUCCCCGACUUCAUCACAAAACACACACACACACACACACCAUUUAUCUUCAUCAGAAAGUGAUGGAGUCCGAUGUUUGUUGUGCUAUUUGCAUUACCUGUGAGGCCUCAAUUAUAGAAAGUUGGUGUUUACUCUUUGAGGAAAUGUACCUGCUGCAGCACCACAAUGCAGAACUGGUAGAAAAAGGGGAAGUGGCAGAGAUCAGGAACAUUCUUCUGUGUUAUGAAACGAAGGUACAAACUAUCACACAGACACCUCACUCUGACGGUACACAGUCCUUCCUGGGUAAUUUGUCCACACAUUGUAGCGUCUUUUUAUGACUGUCAUCCACACAUACAUGUAUAACUGUGAUAAACAAUGUAAUCUUGCACGGGAGGAACUGUAACCAAACUCAAACGGCAGAGGAACUGACACUACAAAGACUGUUUUAUAAUAAUAAUAAUAUAAUGGGGGUGGCUUUUAUAUGAUUUGAACGUUUUUCUGUAUGUUUUAAAUGUUUGAGAGGACAAUAAUAUGUCCUAAUGCUGGAACUGGAUCGGCUGUGAUUCACUGCAGCUCCCUCUCUCCUACCCUGCUCCUUUGUUCAGUUAAUCCAGAGAAGAUUAUUCACCAAACCUGCCACGCAGCCUGGUAUUUCUUCAGUUUUAAGAUGCAGAAAAGAACAAUAGGGCACAGCAUGUUUCUCCUAGCUCUCUCCCAGUGUGUUGACUGGUAAUGGUACUUUUUGUUCAGCAGAUAAAUAUAUGGGUAAAUGGUCUGGUCCUUUUUGAUUUAACUGUUUGUAUAUGUGGUACGUUGUCAGCACCGGUACGAUAACUCUAUGGUACUCUACUGUCUUCAGCUCACUGGUGUCGGCACCUUUAGCCAUCAGCCUGGUCCCGUUCUGCUUUUGCACAUUGUUUAGGAUCAGGAGAGAUAUUUCGGGACUAAUCUGAUGACAACAAUGAUGAGAAUGAUAUUGUAAAUGAAUUCUAGCGGUCUGUAUUUUGAUACUUGAAUGAUUUUUGCUUUUAUAGAUAUCUAUAUAUAUAUAUGUGUAUAUGUAUGUAUGUAUGUAAUUUUUGACGUUUGUCAAAAGAGAGAAAAGGACUAUGUCUUAUAAAGUUAAACAUAUCGUGAAUAAAUACCCUGUGAUUUAAGAAACAAAAAAGGCUGAGAAAACAAAGACUCAGAAGAGGGACCUCACUUCAGAAAAAAAGAUUGUAAAUAAUCUCGGGCUUCCAGUCUUUUUUAUGAUUAUUUUUCAUAAUUGUACAACUAAUAAAUGGCGAAAAUAGAAAA